AUGGUCAUACCAGUUGUGACAGAAUAUUUGGAAAAACAGGAGAUACUAGAACCAGGUCAAUAUCAUGAAGCACCCACCACUUCGGGGGGGCACAAGUCGUUUCCCGACCUCUGGGCUUCCGAGGAAAGUGGUAUCAUUACCAAUCGCAUCGACGAGGCACAAGAGCAGCAAUUGGAGGCUGCUCACAGGUCGGCUCUCCUUCGCUCAUUCCCACGCUCGGUCUUAGACCCUCGUGUGGAAUACGGCUCCCGCUCGGCGGAUCCCACUACUGAAGCGAAAGACACGAUCACUAGAUCGUUAGGCGUCUACCUAGUUGGGCUCCCGGUCACUACACAAGCUGAGCUUAAUCACCAGAAAGCUUUGCAAACUCUCUUUUUGGUACCACGAGAGAUCCCAAUGGAUCGGUACAGCGCUCGGCUUCGAGCUCAAAAAGAAGGUGCUCCUGUUCCCACAAUGCAGACCAUCCCUGUGGUGCCCGCCCCUGGCGAAACCGCUGCAGAUGACGAUGAGCUCUUUGAGCAAUGGUGCAGCCGCACCGGAACUUUUCUUCGUUGUGCCUUGCAGCGAAGCCACAAGGUAGUGGACGUGCGCGUUGAGUGCCAUCUUAGAUUUGAGCUUGCCAAAUUCAAGGCGCAACGCCGACUUCCUGCGUAA